CAGAGGCAGAGCGAGCUCCUUCAGGCAGGGCUGGGAUCUGAGCUCGCACAAAUCGCUCCCCGGUGGACUCGCCCCAGGUUCCUGCCCUGCCCCGUCCCUUCGCUGGGCUCCGAGAGGAGCUGAGAGCCCGCGGGCCAUGAGCCACCUCUACGGCAGCCCCCUCUCGCCCAUGGGCAGCCCCUCCAUGCUGUACCUCCCGGCCGCCCUGGGCUUUGCCCCCAGCGGGGCCAUCUCCCGGCAGGACCCCCCGCAGAAGCCCCCCUACAGCUACAUCGCCCUCAUCGCCAUGGCCAUCAAAGAAGCUCCGGAGCAGAAGGUGACCCUCAGCGGCAUCUACCAGUUCAUCAUGGACCGCUUUCCCUUCUAUCACGACAACAAGCAGGGCUGGCAGAACAGCAUCCGCCACAACCUCUCGCUCAACGACUGCUUCGUCAAGGUGCCGCGGGAGAAGGGACGGCCCGGCAAGGGCAGCUACUGGACCCUGGACCCCCGGUGCCUGGACAUGUUCGAGAACGGCAACUACCGGCGGAGGAAGAGGAAGCCCAAAGCCCCGGGGCCGCCGGAGCCGAAGGGCGGCGCGACCCCCGCUCCCGCCGGCCCGCCGGGGCCACCCGCCCGCCCCGACGAGCCCAAAAGGGCCAAGGGGAGCGCGGGGGGGGACUCGGGCCACCAGGGGGUCCCCAAGCCGGCCGAGGGGGAAGCGCCCCCUCCCGGGACCCCCGCCGCGCCCCGGCCGCCCGCCGCCGCCGCCCCUUCGCUCAAGGGCGGCCCGCGGGGCCGCAGCUUCAGCAUCGAGAGCAUCCUCGCCCAGGGGCUGGGGCAGCCGCCCCCCGGGGCGCCCCUCAAGGCGGCCCGGGAGGGUCCCGGCGGCUCCCUGCUCGCCAGCGGCGGCUUCGGCCCGGCCCUCAACGCCUCCCUCACCCUGGACUCCCAGGUACACGGGAGGCUGUACCACAUCGGCAUCCCCUUCCUCUCCUGCUUCCCUCUCCACUUCUCCGAGGCGGUAUUUAAUUUCCAGUAGUUGCCCCAUAACUGUACCCCCCUGCCCCACUCGGUGCGGCGGGGGCGCGAUGGGACAGACCGGACUCAGACCUCACCAAGCGGGUAAAGACCAACACCCCACCCCCCCA